AUACUCUCAGUGCACUUGAACUCGACCACCGACAAGAAUGGACAGUGUUCCGGACUGCAAGUUGGAUUCGGGGCGUAACCGUUACGUGCUCAUCAAGAUCUACGUGAACAACGAUGAAGAAAACGGAAGAUACAUCGUGCGAGGCUCUUCUCUCGCGCCCGACCACAAAACAAUUUUCGAGGGUGAAGAAGAAGCCUUAAAGAAGUUGGGAGUCGAGUGCGACUGUUGCGGUGGCGGAUACGUGGUUCUCACACCGGAGGAUAAGGAAGUCAGGGUAUUCGGCAUCUCUCAGUUCUUUGGCAUGGCUGAUCACUCGAAGGCCGUCGCUAUUUUGGAAAAGAAAUACCCAGGCCACUCAGUCUCGGCUUCUAACGAGGUCACCGAUCAAAAGAUUAACCGGAGCUCGAUUCGGCCCGACAAGAUGCCCUGAGCUCCUGGAACAUCGAGAAGUCCACUAACAACGGAUUCUACCCCGACAAUAAAACGUCAUGUUUGGUAA